AUGAAAUCAAUGAUCGUUGGGCAGGAUUGUACUAAUAUGGGCGCUCGAUAUCAGUGCUUAUCUACGGAUUUAGCAAUCAACACCUUAAACACCGAUUUGAGAAAUAAGGGGAUCGAGGGAAGAGAUUACACCACCAUUAUAAAUAUUAAUUUUGAAUUCAUUCCAAACCCUCAAGUUACUUGUAAAUCAAAGAGUUUUCUCAAAAGCUCGAAUAUCUUUUAUAGGAUCCGUUUUACAUCAUAUACCAGCAAUAGAGUUUCAGUUCUAUGCAAUUAUAUGGACUUUAAUUCAAUAUUUGCUGAUUCUCAAAAUAUCAUUUCCUUCGAAAUUGAUAAUUUGGCUAUGACUAGCUGUAGGAUUGAUCAUUCUUACAGUUUUAAUAUGAAAAUUACAAAUAGCGUGAUCUAUUCAACCCUGAUCAGUUUAGGCUUCGACCUUCAGGGAAAGAUUAUUCAAACAGACAUGCAAUAUUAUUUAAACAUAGAAGGGUCAAAAUUUGAACAAGCACCUUUUUAUUAUGGAAAUUGCUUAUUGGGCACUAUUUCAAGAAGUAGUUUUUCGGGAACUUUUAAAAUUCAAAAUUGUCACCAAUUAUUACUCACCAGCUCUAAUGUGGUAAAUUAUUGGGAGUUUGUUGAUGUUAAAAAUUUGAACAUUUUAGACAUCAGCUUUGAACAGCCAUAUGCUGUGCACAUUACUGAAUGUGGUGUGGUUGUCAUUAGAAACUGUAAUUUUGCCUCAUCUGGUUAUGUUACUGCCGCCGCAUUGACCAUUAUUUUUUCUCAACAUGUCAUAUUAGAUUCCUGUAAUGUUCAAACUGAUCUAACAUGGCUAAUAACUUACUCAGUACCAGCACUGUAUAUAAGCAAUAUUGUCGUUCAGGAUUCUGUUGUUGAGCGAGGAAGUUUGGUGCAGGUUUAUGUUUCACAAAGUUUUGAACUUGCAAAUUCCACCUUUGACUCUCUAAAUGGUACAGCAUUCGAUAUUAACGAUGUCACAGUUUUUAAUGCAUACAAUAUAUCUUUUACGAAUUGUAAAUCUACACAAGACUCUGGAAUUGUGGAUGUCGAAACAGGUUAUGAUUUAUCGACAGAUAAGCUAUUCAUGGUCCAAAUUCACUUGGCUUUGUUGAAAUUUGUGGAAUGUAUCACAACUUCUGCAAGUCCACUCAAUAUUAGGUCAUACUCAAAGGAAGUGAUGUUGGACAAUUGUAUUUUUGAACGAAAUAUUGCUGCUAUUGGUGGAGGAGCGAUUUCCUAUCGAGCAUUACAUUCUAUAUUUUCUGAGCCAUCCAUUAAGAUUUCUAAUUCACUGUUUCAAAGAAACACUGCGUCAAGAGGAGGUGUGUUUAACAUCAAAGGCAGUGUUAUACUUGACUCAAAUGUGUUCAUAGAAAACAAUGCCGUACGAGGAGGAAUUAUGUAUUUAGAGAAAGACAUUCAACAAACCAUUAAUAUCUUGUCUAACAAUGUUCUCAGUUCAAACACUGCAGAUUACGGAUCAUCAAUAUAUGUGGAUAGUCCCAUGACUCUAUCAUAUCCAUUCAAUCUCUCUGAGCUUUCUUCUCCAUGUUUCACAUCCAAAUUGCUAAAUAUUAAGAGUAUAACAAAUAAUGCAACAAGUAAGGAUCUUACACUGUCUGCAUUUUUUCCUGGAGAGUUACUGCAACUUUCCAUUGCUGCGUUUGAUAUUUUUGGAAAUGUUAUUUCUCAAAGAGAACUUCCAAUAUCACUCAAAACUGAUAAGCCACAGUAUUUUGUGAGUAUUGUGCAUUCAGACCAACAACUAUUCACCUUGGACUUCAAAAUUUUGUCUUAUCAAAAAGUCAACAAUGAUAGCUUAAUGUUGACAGUUACGUAUGACAACUCUGUUUUGGGAAUUCCUUUGAAAGUUACGUCGUGUCCAAUGUUUUUUUCCUGGUCCGAUACUUCCUGUGUGGAUCAGUCUCUCAGUUAUAUCAUUAUACUUGUUGCAACAGUAGUGUGUGUUCUGAUAUGCAUUCUCCUUUCUGGAGCUGCAUGCGCAUGUGCUGUUGCAUUUAAAAAAUCGGUAGUGUUAAGAAAUAGAAAGAAAGCAGAGUUAGAAAUGGAACAGCUACUGAUUGACAACAGAAUUGUAUUUGACCAAGAAGAAAAACAAGAAAAUGAUCACUUAAAUAAUAGCUCACGCUUUUCUACCAGAAACUCAUGCGUUAUUCCUGUGGAAGAUAUUAAAAUUAUUAAGCGAAUUGGAGAGGGAGGGCAAGGAGUUGUGUAUCAUGCAAAGUGGAAUGACAUUGAUGUUGCAGUAAAAACUAUUAAAGUGGAUGACGACGAGCAAGAUGCUGAAAGUGAUGAAUUUGAGCGAGAAGCCACCAUGUUGAGCAGUCUACGACAUCCUAAUAUUCUUACAUUUUAUGGAAUUUGCGUGCCCAACAAGCGUCAAAAAUUCAUGGUUGUGGAAUACAUGAAAGGAGGGUCUCUUGAAAAAUUAAUCUCAAAUUGUCGGAUGGGAAAAGAAAACAUUGAUUUUAAAUCCAAAAUUAAUAUUCUCCUAGGAGUUGCAAGAGGAAUGGUUUAUCUUCACUCUCUCAAACCGAGAAUGAUUGUUCACAGAGAUCUGAAGCCAGGAAACAUUCUCUUGGAUGAAAAUGGUGCCGUUCGUGUUUGUGAUUUUGGAUUGAGUCGAGUGGUUGGAACGAACACAGUUCAACAACGAACAAUGACUACAAAUAUUGGAACGUUACUGUAUUGUGCUCCUGAAAACUUUUCUUCAGACAAUUGUAGUUCUGAGAUGACAUCAAGCUAUUCACAAUCGUCUGUAUCACACCUUUCAAGUCUCAAUCAUCAAACACCUUAUUCUAACUCUGAUAUUUUCUGCUCUUCAAGUCCAUCCAGUUCUUUAUCAAAAGAAGAUCGUUUCAAGAACGCAAGCAAAAUCGACGUCUAUAGUUAUAGUAUUAUCAUGUGGUCUCUCUUUUUUGAGGAAAACCCGUUUUCUUAUUCCAAGAAACUUUACCACUUUUCAGAGAAUGAUAACACAGAAGAGGCCAAUACACAUGCGCUCAACAUUCUGUCCUUUGUCCUGAGAGGAAGUCGUCCAAAAAUUCCGUUCGAUAACCCAGAUCAAAUGAAAGAAUGGGUGACAGAAUAUAUGUGCAAUAAGGAAAAAUGCAAUGAGGUGAUGAGUAAUGCCUUAUUGGAGGGUGUAAGCAAUUAUAUUGAUCUCAUGAAACAAUGUUGGCAUCAGUUACCUCGAGAAAGACCUUCUUUUGAAACGAUUGUUAUUGAACUCUAUGAAAUUCAAAACAUACUGUCGUUGAGAAAAGUCUAA